AUGGACGAACCAUUCCCUAAAAGACCCCGCCUUUCCAUGUUCGCCAACCACGCCCCCAAUGCUGGUCUGGAUGCUGACUUGGAUACGAUGCGCCACAAGAACGACUGCCUGCUCAAGUCGAGGUUCGAGUCCAUAUUUGAGAAAUAUUCUAAAGACUUCGACGGCAUAGGCGAUGAAAUUGAUCUUGUUUCCGGAAGGGUCUUGGUCGACAAUGGACACCUGAAAUCAAUGGCUACUGAAACAGAUCCUGGCAUUGACGAGGAGGAUGAAAGAGGAAAGGCCUUUCUCAGAGCCAUGACAGAGGCGCCGGAUAGCGAGGACUCUGACUUCAACGAGGACGCCGACAAUGUCCUUUCCAGCAUUGAGGAAAUCGCCGAAAACACCGUUCUGAUUCUGAGCGACAAUUCCAUGACCUCAGAUGACACCGAAGACGAGUUAUUCCGACCACUACCCUCGCGCACGUCUUUAGCGACUCCUCCAGAUUCUCGCGGGAACGAGUCCGUACCCAACUUCGACCCAGUCUCCUUAAAGUCCGAGUCAGAUACCGAUUCAUUGUUCGAUGUCCCGGUUACCCAGCGUGACUCUAGUCCCGACUCCUUGUUCGAAGCUCCAUCUACUACAGAAAAAGGCCAUCAUCUUGGCUACCGGGCCAAAGAUGCAUUGUUACGUGCCCCCACCAUUUCUAGUGAGGACCGAAAAGAAAGUGCCAUCCUCGCUAGGUAUGGGUCACGGGUGGGCUACGAAGUGAUUGACUUGCUUCAAAGAGAAAGAGAAAAUGCCGAAGCACAUAUUGAACCAGCCUGGCGAAUUCCUUCAAAUAUCAUCCCCCCAAAGCUCCCGACUCCUCCUAUAAUGCAUCAACCCCCCCCAAACUUGCCCUCGCUACAACGACCUCAAAGCCUGGAGGAUCAGAAGCCCUCGGAUUUACCUCUUUCAACACCGUCCGACUCCGUCUGGAGAGUUCCUCGGACAAGGAAUCCUAGAAAGAAAGCUGAAGAUACCCAUCGCCGCCGCGUGCUCCGGUUGCUUCGUGCAGAAUCAGAAGAUCCUCUUCAAGAUGGGUUUGCGAGCGAUCAUGCAGAUGAUGGCAAUGGCGAACCUUCGUCUUUGGAAACCGGGGAGGAAACAGAGAGGAUGCAGGAGAAACGAGAUAUCUCCCAGACCUCUCUCGGAGACGAGACUGAUGACGAAGUAAAGGCUCUGCGACAAGGUCGUUGUUUUUACUGUGGCCAGCAAUAUAAGGCUCGCGCCGGAGUGGUCUCUCAUUGGACAAAUCUCGUCAGUCGCUUCUUAGAGCGAGAUGAAGUCGAUGAUGUCCACGACAUGCCCUACAUUCUUGAGUACCGACAAUCGACCUGGCGACGUCAGCGAAAUGCCCGCUUGAUCGUAUCCGACUUCAGGACAAUGGUAGAAUUACAUGAAGGGGCUGGCCUCUCGUUUGAUGAAAUUGCCGACUGCGGAGCACUGCGGACAAGAAAAGCUGGGGCUGGUCUGCAGCAGGUUUAUGACAGGUACCGAAUCGCACCAGAGGAUGAGAGAGAGACCAAGGAGUGGUCAUCGGAGGAAUUGAGAACUCUGAAUAAACUUUGCAAGGAUCCUAGAAGAGAUGUCGGCACGCUUUCGAAGCUUCUCAGAGGCCGGACAGAAACCGACAUAGGAGGCAAAAUGGCAGAGAUAUGGCUG